UGUGAACACACUGCCUUCUGAUAUCUUUAGGGCAUUAGCUAUUUAACGCAACUUCAAGUUACGAUUAGAUAUAACCAAUUUGUGAACUUAUUUGAUGUUUUUUGAAGUAACCACUUCAAUAGAACGACCAGAACGUUCACCAUUAUCGAAGUCUGUACGACCACGUUUAAAUUCAGCAAACCAAUAACAAAUAGUUCUUUUCGAUUCAGCAGAGUCCGGAUAACACUUUUGAAGCCAUUGUUGUGUUUGUACAAUAUUUUUUUUCAUCAAGAAACAAAACAAAGCAGUCUUUUGAUAGUUGGUACUUCACAAACGUUAUAUGAAUUUGACAAUAGCAGAGCCAUCUGUGUGUCAGUCACAUGACAUAUAGUGUAAUGUACUAUUUCUCAUUAAAAUGGCGGGUAUUCCUCGUUGUGCUAGAAAUUCAUUUGGAACGUCGAGGAAACAAUGUAUAAUAUCAAUAGAAAAAAAAUUAUUUCAAAGUUUAACUUCACUGAGUACAAUUCAGCAAAAAAUAUAUUCGUAAAGUGCUUAUUCAAAACAAAUUUUUAAUUAUAUAUAAUUUGAAGUAAACAUUUUCACUUCCGUUUGAAUCGUAUAAAAACGUGAGAUUUCCAUAUAUUUUAAUGAGAUUUUAAACCAGUUAGUGCGUAAUUAAAAAUAAUAUAUAAUAACAAACCAGGUAAAAAGUAAAAUAGUGUUAUUGAACAUUUACAAUAGUUGUUUUUAAAAAAUAAUGUUUGAAAUUAAAGGUAAAGUAGCACUUGUUACAGGAGGAGCUGAUGGUAUUGGACUUUCCCAUAUCGAAGCAUUAUUACUUAAAGGAUGUAAGGGUGUCGUAAUAGCUGAUAUUAAUCAAGAAAAAGGGGACGAUGAAAGGGAGAGACUGGGAAAAAAAUUUGGGAAUAAUAGGGUGGUUUUUGUAAAAACUGAUAUUGCUGAUAUUGAGAGUUUUGAAAACGCGUUUAAAGUGACCAUACAACAUUUCGGAAACAUUGAUAUUCUUAUUAACAACGCUGGUAUAUGUAAUGACUCAAUUUGGGAAAAAGAAAUAGAUAUAAAUUUAAAGGGUACUGUUAAUGGCAUGUUACUGGGUUUAGAAAAGUAUUUGAAACAAUUUAAACAAGGUAACGAGGCUGUUAUCUUGAAUACUUCGUCUGUAUGUUUGAUAGAAACUAUGAGCGUAUGGCCUGUGUACGUUUCAACCAAAUUUGGUAUUAUGGGAUUAACGAAAGAAUGGGGCAGUGACAUCCAUUAUGAUAGAACCAAAGUAAAAGUUGUGGCUAUUUGUCCUGGGCCCACGUACACUUCAAUCAGUACUGAUUUGGGACCAGGAGUAAUCAAUCAGGAAUAUGAAGAUAUACUUGCCUCUAUUUUGGAAGAAUUAACUAAUAGAAUUCAAAGCUCGGAUUUUGUAGCAAAAGAAGCUAUAAAAGUUAUAGAGCAAGCUCCAAAUGGAAGCUUGUGGAUUAUAGAAGAAACUAAAGAAGCUUACCAAUUCAUUUUACCGUCAAAGAUUUAAUAAACUGACCUAUUGGCAAAGAAUAUUCUCAAUUGUGUGUCUUAUUGAAUAUAAAACGAAUAAAAUGUUUCAUUCUUUUAAUAAAACGAAUACAAUAUAUAACUUUUUUAAUAAAACUACGUAUAUUGAAUUAGUACUGGCAACAUUGUUUAUCAUUGAAAUUGAAGCAAAGAUACUUUAUGUGGUUAGGUUAGGUAUAGAUAUAAUAGAUAUAAAACAACAAAAGAAUAAUAAAACCUCAAAAACAUUUAAU